AGCGGUGGAAAAAGGAAGAGCACCAGAGUCGGUCUUUAGUUGUUAAACGGUUCUCAGACGUAAUAUUUUCUCGGCAAACACUGGGAUUAUUCGUUUUCGACCGGGUCACAUUUUCCCCGACUUUGCAGGAGGAGAGAGCUCCUAGCCAGCUGGACACUGGCCGGAGGCAGGAUCUUAUCCAGCGGCUGUGAACGGUGGACAUCGGCUGUGCAACGGCCGUUUUGAAUCAGCGUGCGUCAGUGAGCCUGCAGGCUCCACACUGGUGCUGAGGCAGGAUGAAGAGGUUCAGGCGACACGGCCAGGAGUCCCAGAGAGAUCGACUCAAACAGGAACUCUUCCAGUUCAACAAGACAGUGGAGCAUGGUUUCCCCCACCAGCCCAGCGCUCUGGGCUACAGUCCCUCCCUGCAGCUGCUGGCCAUCGGCAACCGCUCCGGGGCCAUCAAACUGUACGGAGCUCCAGGUGUGGAGUUCAUGGGUCUACACGAUGAGAACGCUGCCGUCACACAGGUGCACUUCCUCCCCCACCAGGUUGAACUGGUGACUUUGCUGGAUGACAACAGUCUGCACAUGUGGACUUUAAGAGCCCACAAGGGACUGUCAGAGCUUCUGGAGAUAGGACGCUUCAUGCUCACGGGACCACCUGGUGCUCCCCCAAGUGUGACCAGAGUGACGGCAGUGCUGGCCCACUCCUCAGGGGAGCUGCUGCUGUUGGGGACAGAGGGAGGACAUGUCUUCAUCGUUGAAGUCCCCGGGUUCAGAGAGCUGGAGGAGAGGAACAUUAGUCUGGACCAAGUCGCCAGCAGUGUACCAGAUGACUACAUUGGCCGCAGAAACCUAGAACACGUAGAAGCCUUACAGGAGAACCCAGUCAACCCAAACCAGGUUGUUAUCGGCUAUGGACGAGGUCUCAUGGUCAUCUGGGAUCUGGAGAAACAGUGUGCCAUCCAGCACAUCCCUGCCACACAGCAACUGGAGAGCGUGUGGUGGACAGAGGACGGGAGCUACAUUCUCAGUUCUCACAGUGACGGGAGUUACUGUCGAUGGAUGGUGGGAGCGGAGGAUGUGAACGAGGAGGAGGAGAAGUCAGACAUUCCCUACGGACAUUUCCCCUGCAAGGCCAUUUCUAAAAUAGUUCAGCUGCCAACAGAAGAAGGACCUCCAUUCCUGCUGUUCAGUGGCGGCAUGCCAAGGGCCAGUUAUGGCGACAGACACUGUAUCACAGUGAUCCACAGUAAAACACAGGUGGCUCUGGACUUCACCUCCAGGAUCAUCGACUUCUUCGCCAUCAGAGACGGACCGCAGCACACAGGAGACCCCAGUGCGCUGGUGGUCCUGGUGGAGGAGGAGCUGGUAGUGAUUGACCUGCAGACAGAGGGGUGGCCGGUCAUUCAGACACCGUACCUGGUUCCCCUCCACAGCUCGGCCAUCACCUGCUCCCACCACAUCUCCGCCAUCCCCCUCAAACUGUGGGAGAGGGUCAUCGCUGCCGGAGACCUGCAGAACACACACUACUCAAAAAAGCCAUGGCCAAUCACAGGAGGCCAGAACCUGGCCGCAGACCCUCCACAGAGAGACCUGCUGCUCACAGGGCACGAGGAUGGGACAGUGUGUUUCUGGGAUGCCUCAGGAGUCUGUCUGUAUCCCAUGUACAAGCUGAGCACAGCUGGAGUGUUCCACACUGACGCCGACCCCAACGACAACAUGAACCAAGGAACCGAAGGAGAGUGGCCGCCGUUCAGAAAGGUCGGCUGUUUUGACCCGUACAGCGACGACCCGAGGCUCGGCAUUCAGAAGAUCCACCUUUGUAAAUACAGUGGUUACCUGACUGUGGCUGGCACAGCUGGACAGAUCCUGGUGCUGGAGCUGAACGACGAGGCAGCAGAGCAGACUGUGGAGGCUAAAGUCGUGGACCUGCUGCAGGGCCAGGAGGGAUUCCGCUGGAAGGGCCACACUCGGCUGGAUGUGCGAGAGGAGCCGGUCCUGUUUCCUCCAGGCUUCCAGCCCUUCGCUGUGGUCCAGUGCCAGCCUCCUGCUGUGGUCACCGCCCUCACCCUGCACUCAGAGUGGAAGCUGGUAGCUUUCGGCACCAGCCACGGUUUCGGCCUCUAUGACUACCAACAGAAGAACAACGUCCUCAUCAAGUGCACCCUAAACCCCAGUGACCAGCUUGCCAUGGAGGGUCCUCUGUCCAGGGUGAAGAGCAUAAAGAAAUCCCUCCGACAGUCCUUCAGGAGAAUCAGACGCAGCAGAGUCUCGCUGAGGAAACAUCACGUCAACAACGCCGCGAAGGUACUCCCAUAUCCAGCACUAACCCUGUCUCAUCAUCAUGUAGAACAGAGAGAAACCUUCAUCACUCUGUUCCCUCUCGAGCAGCUUCAGGAUGCGAACGCUCGUCUGGAGGCUGAGCUGGCAGAAAUGGAGCUGGCUCCCGUCCAGAGGAAGAUCGAGGCUCGCUCCUCAGACGACUCCUUCACCGGUCUCGUGCGGACGCUCUACUUUGCCGACACCUUCCUCUCAGACAGUUCACAUAACUCACCCUCCCUAUGGGCAGGAACAAACGGUGGCUGUGUGUUUGCGUACAUGCUCCGCCUUCCUCCUGUGGAGCACAGAGCAGACGAACCUGUCACAGCACAGCCGGCUAAGGAGAUCCAGCUGAUGCACCGGGCUCCUGUUGUUGGUAUAGUGGUGCUGGACGGUCACGGCGCUCCUCUCCCCGAGCCCCUGGAGGUGGCUCACGACCUGGCUCGCUCCCCUGACAUGCAGGGAUCACACCACCUCCUAGUCAUAUCUGAGGAGCAGUUUAAGGUUUUCACCCUGCCUAAGGUCAGCGCUAAGAUGAAGCUGAAGCUGACGGCCGUGGACGGCUCCAGAGUACGGAGGGUGGGCGUCGCCUGGUUCGGCAGCAGUCGGUCGGAGGACUACGGCGAAAGUGGCCUCGUGGUUCUGACCAAUCAGGGCGACGUCCACGUGGUGUCGCUGCCUGCGGUCAAGAUGCAGGUUCAGUACCCCUGCAUCCGCCGAGAGGACGUGAGCGGCAUCGCCUCCUGUGUCUUCACCAAGCACGGCCAGGGCUUCUACUUGAUCUCUCCCUCUGAGUUUGAACGGUUCUCCUUGUCCACCCGCUUCGUGGUGGAGCCUCGCUGUCUGGUCGAGGUUCCUCGUCAUCCAGGCACCUCCAACCAACGCAGGCCACUGCGAGAUGGAGCUUCAUCUGCUCAUGGAAAUUCCAGACAGGACAGCGAGGACGCAGAAAGCGCAGCUAGACGUGUUAUGGAGCAUGCUUUGCUGAAUGAUGAGAAAGUGCUGCAGGAGAUCCAGAAGUCACUAGAAGGUGAUCAGACGUCAUUCCUGGAGAAUAAUGUGAAGAGUGCUGUAGCUUGAGAGACGCUGCUCGACAGUGGAGACAACUGACUUGUCGAUGUGUAUGAAGCGUUCUGCAGUCCUGUAGCCAUAACCACUACUGUCCCCUGGCCCCUCUCCUCACUGACUGACCUCCCCACUGACUCUGAGCUCACCUCGGCCCCUCGUACAGAGACACCUAAGGGCUCUCAGCGGGAGUGCGCUCGGAGCACCGCGAAGCUGUUCUGAAGACUAGCAGCGCAGACGGAGGUUGAAGGAAGAGACACCACCUGUGCCUAAAGACCACACACUGUACACGCGUCAUCACAGCAUGGUCACAGCCAUUUAACCCAAAGCUACAUGAAGUACAUUCCUGACAUGUGACCACUGCCACAACUCAUCGAUGCCAGCGUCGAACCAGCAUCUCACAUCGGCCACAGACGCCACUUGUCGAAGUCGUUUGACUCACACAGCGACCACGCCUACGUCAUCCUGCGAGGCUUCAUCACCGCCAGUCUUUGUCCGCUCUGCUGUGCAUCUCACUGGCCUUCAUCCCCCCACGUGGACGUACAGCUGGAAGGACUGGGAGGGGUGAUCUGAAUAAUGAAGAUGAAAAUAUUUUGUAGCUGAAUUUUAUGUGAUUUGUGCCUGUUUUUAUUUGAACUUCAGAUUUUCUAUGGAGGCCCAUUUCUGCCAGGAAAAGGAAAAAAAUCAGAUGGAAAGUUAGGCAUGAUUAAAAUUAUUUAUUAUUUUCUAAACUCAUGGUGAGUCACAAUUAUGAGAUAUUAGAUAAAAAACAAGACACUCAGGCAAACAUCUGAGAUAUUAAAACCAAAUUAUGAUAAACUAAAAAAUUGACUUUGAAAUGCCUAAGGAAUUAUUUUUAAGCGUGAGCAAGUCACACUUAUGAGAUCCUAAGUUAAAAUCAACUUUAUUCAAGACAAAAUUAAUUGAUUAAUUAAUUACUUUUUUUUUUUUUUUACAUGGUAAGUCAGUAUUUAUUUUGUCAUAAUUUUCAGUAAUUGUCAGUUUUUACUUGCUUAUGUCAAUUUUGAUGUAGAAUUGCAAUUUUUACUUUCGUGAUUAUCUUUUAUUGAAUCAUAUUUUUACCCAAAAGUUAGUUCUACUCGAGAUGUAAGUUUUACUUGGUAUCUCAUAAUUUUGUGUCACAUGAUCUUUUUUACCGGAGUAAUAAUUUUGAUUUAGCAUCUCUACCUUUGAUCCAGCGUCAUAAUUUGUUCCCAAAUCAUAAUUUUGGCAUCAACAGCUUAUUACUUAGUACCUCCAUUGUUUUGCCUAUUUAAAUAUCAUACUUAAUAGUUCACCAAGUUUGACUAGUUAAUAUCAUUUUGAGUCAAUUGAAAAGUUACUAUCUCAUAGUCUUGGCUUUUUUAAGUCAAAACUUUGACUAAGUGAGAGUUUUUAUUUUUGACAUUCCUUCCAUUUCAUCUUUUUCUUUUUCCUUUUUUUUUUGGCAUAAAUUAGCUUCUAUGCUUUUCAGAUAAACUGUCAAGGGAAGAUGUUUUUAAUGACGACCCAGAAGAGAAAAAAAAUUUACAUUGUUUUAUGUAUGUUGAAUCAAACUGUUAUUUUUUAUUUUAUUUUUCAGUCAUAAUUAACUGAAUUAGUAAUAGCAUUAUUGUAUUGCACCACUGUAUCCUGCUAACACAGGCCUCUCCCCUCCCAUCCACUUUUAUACCAUGAUAAGAUAACUGGCCAUAGGUACUUCUCCACUACUGCGGCGCUCACAAUGCUGUACUGUUAUUUUGGAGAGGGGGGCAGGUUUCUAUGGGGGAGUUCUUUUUCAAUUAUUUUUAUGUAAACCAUUUUUUUUUAUGCCAGCAAUGAAUAAUGUAAUUUAGGAAUGUAAUUGUAAGCUAUUGUAGUGAAAUGUUUUUAAUAUAUACAGUAUAUAUGUGCCCACUGUACCUGUGGGCCUGUUGUAACUGGGGUUGGCUGCUAUUUAGAUCAUACAAGGAAAUAUUUUGGUACUGUGUCUCAGAAUGCUGGGUAUUUUAGCAUCAACCUAGAAUAUAUUUUUGUAGUGACUCGAUUAAGAAUCCAAUUUUUUUUUUUUUUUUUUGAUUUGUAACUUCACACUACAGUUUCUUGUGGAUAAUUAUUAUUACAUGUCUUUUCCCAAGAAUGGAUGCGUCUCUUUAUUUUUCUUAGUACACUCGCACAUCUUCACUCUGUAACUGAUAUUUUUCCACAUCAUUCAUCUACAAAGAAAUGUGUAUGAAUGAGUUAAACAUUUAGA